CUGUUGGAAAUCAAUGUUAACGCCUCAAAUCCCACUUCGCAGCAAAAAGAAAGCCAGCGCGGUUUUUAAAACUCGGGUUCAAUGCUGUGCAAGCGAGUCUGGGGGGUGGAAAGCCCCAUCCCAGUGCAUUGCAGGAAUGUCAUCUGCAGUGGAAAGUAGACCCAACCGUACAAAAGGAAGAAGUUUUAUUGGCCAAAAGGCUGAAAAUAAUGCUUCUGGAAAGUCCUAUGAUGUGAACGACUUUGCCGCACAAAUCCUUACUGGAAAACUGACUACAGUUUUCCUUCCUAUAGUCUAUAUCGCAGUGUUUCUGAUUGGUUUACCAAGCAAUGCCAUGGCUUUAUGGGUCUUUUUCUUCAGAACAAAAAAGAAACAUCCAGCUGUGAUUUAUAUGGCUAACCUGGCACUAGCAGAUCUUCUGUUUGUCAUCUGGUUCCCUCUCAAGAUUUCAUAUCAUAUAAAUGGCAACAACUGGAUCUAUGGUGAAGGACUUUGUAAAGUACUUGUUGGAUUUUUUUAUGGAAAUAUGUACUGCUCCAUACUUUUUAUUACUUGUCUCAGUGUGCAAAGGUACUGGGUCAUAGUGAACCCCAUAGUACAUACAAGAAAGAAGUCUGAAAUAGCAAUAGCAGUUUCAGUUGCAAUAUGGAUUCUGAUUUUGCUGAGUACCAUUCCAUUGUAUCUUGUUGAUCAAACGGCAUAUAUUUCAAAUCUUAAUAUCACUACUUGUCAUGAUGUGUUGCCCCAGAAUGUAUUGGCUCAUGACAUGUUUAAUUAUUUCCUUUCUCUAGCAAUUGGAGUCUUCUUAUUUCCAGCUGUUCUCACUGUUGUUGCCUAUGUACUAAUGUUUAAGACUCUGAAUGCUUCCAAUUUAGAAGUAAAUGUGGGAAAGAAACGGAAAAGAGCAAACAAGCUCAUUAUUACAGUACUAUCCAUAUAUCUUAUCUGUUUUACACCUAGUAAUAUUCUACUUGUAGUGCACUAUGCACUGAUCAGGAGCUAUGGCCAAAGUAAUGUAUAUGCUUUGUAUAUAAUAGCGUUGUGUCUUUGCACUCUGAACAGUGGCAUUGAUCCUUUCAUCUAUUACUUUGUUUCAAAAGAUUUUAGAAACAACCUUAAAAAUGCUCUCCUUUGCCGAAGUGUACGAACUGUGAAGAGGAUGCAAGUCUCUCAUUCAUCAAGUAGACACCCUAAGAAAUCUAACUCUUAUUUUUCCAGUUCAAACACAACUAACACAACUUACUAAAUUUUCACUUGUAUCAGAAAAAUGAACAUUUAUUAAUAUAGCAGUGAGCCUACUGUGCACAGCAUGAAUCUCUUGUAAAAAUAAGCCCAUAUGAAGGAACUGUCUGUUGGAUUCACACUGGAACUUUAAUUUCAAAACUGGCAAUUGAACUCUAUGAAUUCCACUUGGGAAUAUUGAAUGGCAUGGAAAAACCAGAUGCAUCCUGAGUUUCAGAUACACUUUUUUUAAGAUCUCUAAAUGGCUGAAAACUACUGUAAAGCAUUACAGUAAUGUGAUUGUGCCUUCAACUUAAUCACCCCUGUGUUUAACUCUAAGUUAAUGAAGGAUGCUUUAUUUUUAUUCCUUGGAUUUUAUUAUGUACUAUUUUUAUAUACUAUAAACAGUUUAUCUUGUUUCUUUAGGGUCUUGCCCUUAGUAAAUACUUUAAUAUUUAUGAAGUUAACGAGGGCAAAGAAGCCUCAAGAGGUCAGUUUCUUAUGUGGAGUAGAUUCAUCUUGUCUGUCAGACUUUCCUGUUGCAAUAAUGAAACUGGGAAACCUGCAAAGAUUAUACUGAUGAGAUAGGAAACUGACUGUUAUCAGCUCGCACUGAAAUAAAUUAGCCUGUUCUUUGGUAGAAAUAGUAUACUGUAUUUGUAGAAUUAUGUCCUAUAGCUGUUUCACUUUUACACACUACUUCAUUUGUAUUAAUAUAUAUAUAUAUAUAUAUAAUGUAAAUUAAGUCUUUUUUAUAACAUACUGUUUGGAAGUCACUUGUGUUCU